AUGUCCGAGUCGUACGCCCAGGCUGCCGCCAACGGCACCGCCCUCGAGCACCACGUGCCAGACAUGCCCAACGGCACCAGCAACGGUGGGAGCGCUUCAAAGGCAACGGCAACGCCUGCCUCGCCCUCUGCCGUCCCCUCGUCGACCUCGCGCUACAGCCGCGUCGCCAACCUCUCCAAGGCCAUUAACGGCGUCGGCCAACACCACCUCCAGGGCUCUGCUGACGGUGCCGCCGACAAGAGCCAUGCCUCUAGCCCCUUUGCCUCGGGUUUCGUAACCCCAGUCGGCCAGACCAUCCAGUUUGCCGCGCACAGGGCCGAGGAGGCCCUCCAGCGCGUUGCGCAGGAGCAGCGUGACCAGCCUGCCGGCAAGGUGGCCCAGUGGCUCAUCGACGCCGCUCACCGCCUCCAGCAGCGCCUGCAGGACGAGGUCUUCUCGCGCACCAACGCCAUCGGCGGCCUCGACAACAUGUGGCUGCUCAUCGACAACAUCUCGGCCUUCAAUCCGGUCUGCACAGCCACCUACACCUUCCAGGACCGCGUCGACGCCGACCGCAUCCGCCAAAAGACGCUCGACCAGAUCGACGCCUUUCCAAAGUACCGCCAGCGCCUCGCCGACGCCGGCAGGCUCUGGCACGGCGCCCUCUUUGUCGACGACCCGGACUUUGACAUCAACCGCCACGUCCACGUCAAGAAGUUGCCCGGUGACGCCGGCCCAAAGGAGCUCGAGGCCUUUGUCUCCGAGUUCAUCGCGCAGCCCUGGGACUUCGAGCGGCCGCUGUGGGAAUACUGCGUGCUGGAAAACUACAACGACCCGGACACGGGCGCCGGCUGCGCCGCCGUCGUGCGCGGCCACCACUCGCUCUCCGACGGCCAGGGUUUCGUCAUGAGCCAGCUCUUUAUCACGUCGCUCGGCCCAAAGAUUGAGUCAAUGAUGUCCGAGGGCGCGCAGCUGCUCAGCGACGCGCGCCGCGGCGUCGCCCGCCCUUCGCGCAUCAACAAGUCGCUCAAGCCCCUCGACCGCUUCCACGGCACGCUGCUCCUUCAACUCCUCAUGCUCGCCCUCUACUGGUUCAACGCCCUGAUCGGCCUCGGCACCGACCUGGCCGGCUCGUUUACCAUGAUCUUUACCACGGGCUUCUACGCCGCCAUGACCUUCUGGCGCCAGCGCUACGUCACGGCCAGCUACGCCGGCCCGCGCAAGUACGAAAAGGAGUUCUCUCGCUCCGCCGCCUUCCCGCUGUCGGAUGUCAAGCGCAUCUCCAAGGCCUUUUCGGGCGCCCAGCCGGGCAGCUGGACCGACCGCCUGCUGCCGGGCAAGCGGCGCAGCUCGCACCCGACCUUUGUCGGACACCACCUGACGGUCAACGACGUCGUGUGCACAAUCAUCGCCGACGUCAUCAACGACGAGCUCGAUCGCCGGCCGGACGAGCCAGGCGCUUGGGAGGCCGUCAAGCGCCUCGCCCGAAAGGUUGGGCCCAACCCGAUCGGCAUCAUGAUCCCCAUCUCGAUCCGCUCGCCCGGCGACUGGUCGAUGAAGAACCUCUCGACCGGCUCGAUUGCCUACCUGCCCACCACCAAGGGCCUGCCGCGGAACGCCAAGAGCAUGCACCGCCGCCUUCACGCCAGCAGGAGGGGUCUCAACGUGCUCAAGAACUCGCUGCUGCCCAAGCUGGCCUUCUACGGCAUCCAGCUGACCGGACAGCUUCCCGUCCUCUUCCCGGUCCCCUUUGGCCUGCUGCCCGCGGUGCGCUGGAACCCGUUGCGACCGAUCUCGCGGCUCGUGACCGAAUUCGUGCUGUGCUCGUUCACGGCGGUCGUGACCAACGUGCCGUGCCCUUCGCGGCGGAGGAUCAAGCUGGCAGGGCAGGAGGUGGUGCAGUGGACCGCCUCGCCCCCGCAGGCGGGCAAGGGCACGCUCGGCAUCGGCAUCUGCUCGUACGCCGGCGAGGUGAGCGUGUGCAUCACGGCCGACCGCGUCGAGGGCAGCCUCGGAGUGGCCAGGCGGCUGACGCAGAGCUUCGAAAAGAGGUGGCGCGACUACGUCGACGUCGCCGAGGCCGUCAUCCAAGAGGCCGAAGGCGGCGGCGGCGGCGGCGGUUCCAACAAGGACAAGACGACGUGA